AUGAGCUGGUACUCAGUUCUCGUUGUGUUGUGUGUAACCGAUCCUUCCAGUGUAGUGAGUGUUUGUCUUUAUGUUCCAGGCAUCAAAUGUCCCGUGUGCAGCAAGUUCGUGUUGCCGGACGACAUCGAGUGUCACCUCGUCAUGUGUCUGACGCGACCGAGGCUCUCCUACAACGAGGACGUGCUGAGCGACUCGAAGGGCGAGUGUGUCAUCUGUCUGGAGGAGCUGAGCGCCGGAGACACCAUCGCGCGUCUGCCGUGCCUCUGUAUCUACCACAAGGGGUGUAUAGACCAAUGGUUCGAGGUGAACCGGUCGUGCCCGGAGCACCCCGGCGACUAG